AUGAGUGCCUGGCGCUUGACGACGGCAGCGGCGGUAUUGGUGUUGACGUUGACACUGGCGAACACUCAAAAAGACCACGAGAAUGAGUUCGGAUGUCAUUGUAUGGAGUAUUGGACUUGUAUUACCAGCGGAGGAGAGCCCUACAGCUACUGCGGGUUGAGUGCCUCCAGCGUGUGUUGCUUCGUGCCCCUCAACGCCAAUCCUAUAGGUAUCCUGCCGCUCCGUAGCCGCAACAAGUCCUGCGGGACGAAGGGCGCUGAUAGUAAGAAGGAGGGCCAAGCCGAGAUGUCUGAGUGGCCCUGGCAUGCGGCCAUCUUGGAACAGCCACAAGACCUUUACGUGUGUGGCGCUUCCCUGCUGGACGAAGCUUGGGUCCUCACCGCCGCCCACUGUGUUGACGACUACCUGGAGAACGGCGAUCGCCUGCCGGAGGUGCUGAAGGUUCGUCUGGGGGAGUAUGACGUCAGCACUACGGCCGAGCCCUUGAAACACGAGGAGUUCCCCGUCACCCGCGUCGUCAUCCACCCCGAGUUCGACAACGCGACGCUGGUGAACGACAUCGCCUUGUUGCAGCUCGUCAGGUCCGCCCGGAGGAAGGCGAACAUUGACGCUGUGUGCAUGCCGAAGAAAAACGACUUCCUGGAGGGCGGCACUUCAAGAUGCUACGUGACUGGUUGGGGCAGGAGAGACGAAGCGUCGGAACACAGCGUGGUACUGAAGGAGAUCAACGUGCCCCUAUGGAGUAACCCCACCUGCCAGAACGCCCUCAGAGAGCAGUUUGGGCCCGCCUACUCCCUACCCACCACCGCCCUCUGUGCCGGGGCUGAGGGGCGCGACGCUUGUGACGGUGACGGCGGAGGACCUCUGGUGUGUGAGAAGGACAAGCACUGGUACCAGGUGGGCGUAGUGAGCUUCGGCAUCGGCUGCGGCAGGAGAAACAUCCCCGGCGUGUACACCCGCGUCGACGCCUUCGAGGACUGGAUCAAGGACACCAUCGGUAUCCACCACCACGCGUAGAGGAGGGCGAGGCUACCAAGGGAGGGCAAGAGAGAUCGGGAGAGGAGACAGAGGGAGGCGUAAGGAAGUCAUGGUGAUGUAAGAGGUCCUCGUCGGGUAGACCUCAGGUUCGUAUAAGAAGCAGCGGCAGCACAGAGUAACCCACUGAGAGACCCGCUGCUACUGACGGUCAUGUGUCACCCAGCUCUUCACUGACGCUCUCUUAUGAUCAGAGCAUAAGGUGACAUCCUGCCCCAGCCCUCACGAGUAAAGGACACCGAAUGGGACUCUCUGGGGUAGGUUUUAAGGAAGGUCCAGAGAGGUGACGAGGGCUAAAAUAAUACACCAUGGACCCCAACUUCUCCACCAACAGCCAGGCGCCCUAAUGUGGCCGCCGCCGUUGUCACUAAGGGACUCUUCUUAAUGUGACGUCACUCGCUCCCUGACUGACCAAAGACUAUAUACGUAAGAUAGAAAAGAAUCCCUCGACUUGUGAUUGGAUCAACCAACAAACGAACGUACAAAUAGUGAAGUUUUGUUGGAAACCCGCUAGAUGGCUCCGUCAAGGUUUGUCGUCUGACAGCGCGUAUACGAGUAUAAUAUAAUGCUUGGGAGAUUCAGCAUAACUACAGUAUUUUAUUAUUCAUCUAAACAUAUGGCUGAACAAGAUAACAAUUGACAUCUUGAAGUAUCUAGCAACCAUACUCAUCUGGAAAUAUCUGGCCUCUGUAAAGGUAGAUAAACUGUGGUGGAUUUUCAAUAGAUGGCGCUACUUUCCUAUCUUCCAUAUAUAGUCUUUGUUGACAGACGUCACUCAUACUUUAACUAGUUACAUAAUCGGUAACAGGCCAGGCAGUAACUGUGGCCUCAAAAAUGGUGAGGGCGUCGCGUCCUUGAGACCGAUAUUACUUCGUUCACAAAUGGAAAUGUUGAAGUACAAAGUUAAACUAGACGGACCGGUUCAUCUUGUACAGAUUAUCAUGUUUGCUUUCGACUACAUCAUGAUUAUUAAGUUACUCACCGCCAUCUGCCUCUGGCUAGUCCUCAACAUUUUCAGAAUUAUGUGUAAGGUCGUUUUUGAGUCUCAAGGACUACAGGUAUUGGUUAAAAACUAUUUGAGUAUAAUGCUUUAAAUAUUGUGAAGGUACAACACGAUGAUAUUAGGCUUAUAUAUAUAUAUAUAUA